UGGACACCAGAAGCCUUGGGUAUACACCAGUCUACCCAGAAGCCUUUGCUGUGGCACAAUGGAGCAGCUUCCAUAAAUGAGCAAUGUAUGACCCUUACGGAGAGAAUGGGUCAAGAAUGUGUUGCAUUUCUGACUUGGGCAGCUGAUAAGAAGUUGGUGGAAUACAUCCUGGAGUUAGUAUGUCCAGGAGGAAAAGCAAUUGGGGUCAAAGGCUAAGUUCUGAGCUUAAGGCUUUGAGUUUGAAUGGUAUAUGAGGCUCCUAGCUGUGCAUUUUGAUUGUGUAGACAUUUGCUUUCAGAGCUUUAAGAUAGAUUAUAUAUCACCAGCCUAUAGAUGGUAAUCGGAGCCAUGGACAUCUUCAGCUGACCAGCAAGAAAACGAAAGCAAGAAGCUUGGACCAGAGCCCUGUGUGGUGCUAACAUCCAAGGGGCAAGGAGAUGCAGAAGUUCCCAAGGGAUUCAGAGAUGGCGAGGCCAGAGAGAGCCAAGGAGGUCAGGAGAAUGUAGUCUCCUCGAGGCUGAGGGAAGAAGGAGAAGGAAGUGGUCCAUGGCCACCAGAGCCCAUCAUGGCAUCUGUAGCAUGUCUGCCGGACCGGGAAGGGAGUGAGCUGGCAAAGGAGGCAUCGGAGAAUCGGUGGGGGUGGGAGCCAGACUGGAGUGGGUGGAGGAGUGAAUGGAGAUGCGGAAAUGGAUGUGGUGACUCACUCUUUCAAAAGACUGGGCUGCACGGGAGGAACCAGGCCCUGCACGUGGUGGAAGAAUGUGGAGAGGAGGAAGCCUGUAUUUUUAAGAUGAGGAAUCAUACUUAAGUGCAGAUGGGAAAGAGAUGGGGGGAAAGAGGGAAAGGGGUGGCGUAAAUGACAAACCACCCCGGUCAUUGUCACCUUCACUGGCACCAGCUAGCAACCCCAAGGCAAGCUUGCCGGGCCCCCUUCUUUCUGUGAUCACGUUACAGCUCCGUUCUGUGCCCUUCUCCUUCAGAGGGCUUCUCGCUACUGCUACCUACAUCUAUCCUCAUCGCCAUACCGAUGCCCAGGGUGCCACCCAGACCCUUCACCGCCUCGGCCACCCCCAUGCAACCAUGCCCUUGUCUGUCAAGACCUUUGUGAAAGGCCAGGUGCAUGCUUUUGCUUUGCACGAGACAACGCCGCCUUCUGUAGUUUGACCCAAGGAAUUGAGACAUAAAUGUGCAUGCCCUUUGACCUGGCGGUUCACCUCAGGAGGAGUGUCUUUGCUCAGAGAAGUGUCAAAUGCUCCUGGCAACAUGAGAGGGGGUAGAGGCCGCAAAGGCGGGAGCCAGGUCCCGGGGCUAGCUGUGGAGUAAACCAACGUGAAGGCAGGCCUCUCUCUGGGUUUGUCUUUCACUUAGAGUUACCUUUGCUCAGAGCUCAGGGUUCCUUCUAAGAGGCAGGCAGACUUUGCUGAGAGGCACUUCCUGCCCGGGGAGCUGAGAGAGAGGACCUUCUUUCUCAUCAUGCUGUCUGCGGACCAGCUCUGUAGCUACACAUCGGUGAAAGUCCUUCAUAUCCAAAGCGUCUGGGUUGGGACUCUGAAGAAAAUCUUUCUAGUGGCCAUCUGCCUCUACAUUUGCUUUGCUUUGGUGAGUGACAAGCUGUAUCAGCGGAAAGAAUCUGUUAUCAGCUCGGUGCACACCAAGGUCAAAGGGAUCGCAGAGGUGACGGAGAAUGUCACGGAGGGUGGGGUGCUGAAGUCACUGCACAGCGUCUUUGAUACCGCAGACUACACCUUCCCUUUGCAGGGGAACUCGUUCUUCGUAAUGACCAAUUUUCUCAAGUCAGAAGGCCAAGAACAAAAGCGGUGUCCUGAGUAUCCCCGCCGAGGUGUGCAGUGUGAUUCUAACAAGGACUGUAGAGAGGGGUGGAUGGACCCGCAAAGUAAAGGAAUCCAGACUGGCAAGUGUAUACCCUAUGACGAUAAGAACAAGAAGGAGAAGACCUGUGAAGUCUUUGCCUGGUGUCCCACUGAGGAGGGGAAAGAAGCCCCCCGGCCUGCACUCCUGAGGAGUGCUGAAAACUUCACUGUACUCAUCAAGAACAACAUCGACUUCCCCGGCCACAACUAUACGACGAGAAACAUCUUGCCAGAUACCGGCAUCCUUUGCACCUUUCAUAAGAUUCACAACCCUCAGUGUCCCAUUUUCCGACUCGGGGACAUCUUCCAGGAAGCAGGAGAGAACUUUUCAGAGGUGGCAGUCCAGGGAGGAAUCAUGGGCAUUGAGAUCUACUGGGACUGCAACUUGGACAGCUGGUCCCAUCACUGUUAUCCCAGAUACAGCUUCCGCCGCCUGGAUGACAAGUACACCAACGAGUCCUUGGUCCCUGGCUACAACUUCAGGUACGCCAAGUACUACAAGGAAAACAACGUGGAAAAGCGGACUCUGAUCAAAGCCUAUGGGAUCCGUUUUGACAUCCUGGUGUUCGGCACCGGAGGAAAAUUUGACAUCAUCCAGCUGGUUGUGUACAUUGGAUCCACACUGUCCUACUUUGGCUUGGCCACUGUUUUCAUUGACUUGCUCAUCAACACCUACUCCAGUGCCUUCUGCAGGUCCAGCGUUUACCCCUAUUGUACAUGCUGCGAACCUUGUGCAGUCAACGAGUACUACUACAGGAAAAAGUGUGAGUCGGUGGUGGAGCCGAAGCGGACAUUAAAGUAUGUGUCCUUUGUGGACGAACCCUACAUUCGGAUGGUGGACCAGCAGCUGCUCGGGAAGAGUCUGCAAGUUGUCAAAGGCCAAGAAGUUCCAAGGCCUCGGAUGGACAUCACGAGCCUGUCUAGGCUGUCCCUGUCUCUCCACGACUCGCCUCCCGUUCCCGGACAACCUGAGGAAAUGCAGCUGCUCCGGGAAGAGGUGGCCCCCAGGUCCGGGGACAGCCCAGGCUGGUGCCAGUGUGGAAACUGCCUCCCGUCUCGUCUACCGGAGAAUCGCAGGGCCCUGGAAGAGCUGUGCUGCCGGAGGAAGUGGGGCCCCUGCAUCACCACCUCGGCGCUCUUCCGGAAGCUCGUGCUGUCCAGGCAGACCCUGCAGCUCCUCCUGCUCUACCAGGAGCCCUUGCUGGGGCUGGAGGAAGAGGUCGGCAACCGCAGGCUGCGGCACUGCGCGUACGGGUGCUAUGCCCUCUGGCGCUUCGGCUCCCAGGACAUGGCUGACUUUGCCAUCCUGCCCAGCUGCUGUCGCUGGCGGAUCCGGAAGGAGUUCCCCAAGACUGAGGGGCAGUACAGUGGCUUCAAGUGUCCCUACUGACGGUACAGCUGGCACAUUAUGGUGGCUCCUCGGACAGCCUCCCUCGUAAAGACCUAGAGCCACGUUUUCAGACAAAGGGAACUUAGCUUCCCUCUCUUUUGUGUGUUGAGGACCUGAUUAGACCAACCCACAGGCGCACCAGCCCUCGCCACGUGAAUGAGAACCAGAUGCAGAUCUGAGCCUGGAGUCCGAGCCUGCCACCCUCAACCUUGAAUGUGUACAGAGGGUCCUCAUUUCCCAGCCUGCUUUCUCUGAAUUAGCUUGAGAGCAGAUUGAGAUGGUGUAGGCGAUCUCUUGUAAAUGUUUACAUCGCUCCAUGGAUGCAAAGGUCCAACCCUGAAAACGAAACCUUUGGCAUUUGAGAAUGCCCUGAGAGAUUAAAGAUGGCCACAGAUUCUUUGACACCCACCCCCACAGCCCUCAAGACCCAAAAACAUUUG